CUUUCUUUCACGCAUUUCAUCAAACACGUUUGGCACAACCUAUGAGCCAGCUAAAGAUUCGUCUCUACCAACUAUUAAAACACGUACAAUCAUUGAAUCAAAUUAAGCAAAUUCACGCCCAAAUUAUACUUCAAUCAUUAGGUGCAACCAACAAUCUCAUUGGAGCAUUAAUCCAAUCAUACAGUGCCCAUAAAAAACUCAAAUCUGCUCGAAAUGUAUUCAACAAAUACCCAACUCUGCAACCCACAUUUCUAUGGAACCUCCUUAUUCAAGCUUAUUCAAAAACAUCAUUCACUGAACAAUCACUCCAUCUGUUCAAACAGAUGCUUCUGGUUGGUGGGUGUCAUUCUUUAGCAGUUCCAGAUGAUUACACGUUUACGUUCGCCAUUACGGCUUGUUCGCGCCAGCGAACAGUGUUUGGUUAUGGUCAGAACUGUCAUACAAUGGCGGUUAAACUCGGGUAUGAUUCGGAUGUUUGUGUGGGCAAUGCGUUGGUUAGUAUGUAUGUGGUGUAUUCGGAAAUGGUGUAUGCGCGUAAGGUGUUUGAUGAAAUGCCUCAACAAGAUAUAAUAACCUGGACGAGUAUGCUUAAAGGGUGUGUGACGGGUGGGAAGAUUUUAGAAGCGGAACAAGUGUUUGUGGAAAUGCCUGAAAGGAAUGAGGUUUCGUGGGCGGUGAUGAUCGCCGGUUAUGUUGGGCAUAAGAUGUAUAAUGAUGCUUUGAGGCGUUUUAAUGAUAUGUUGGAUGAUGAUAAUGUUAAGCCUAAUGAAGCCAUUCUUGUUAGUGUUCUAUCAGCUUGUGCUCAUCUUGGUCAGAUUAAUCAAGGUGAAUGGAUACAUUUUUACAUAGAGAAAAACCGGUUUCCGAAAAGCUCAAACGUAUCAACUGCUUUAAUCGAUAUGUACGCUAAGUGUGGGAAAAUCGAUUACGCGAAACAGGUUUUUAACGGAGCUGGAAACCGAGAUCUUUUGACGUGGACAAGCAUGAUUUCGGGAUUAUCUAUGCAUGGGCUAGGUAAAGAAGCACUCAAGGUGUUCGAUGAAAUGCUAGAACAAGGAAUCAAACCAGAUAACAUCACGCUUGUCGGCGUUCUUAAUGCUUGUAGCCAUUCGGGUCAAGUUAACGAAGGGCUUUCCAUCUUCAACAAUAUGGAGCGAGAAUGGGGGAUUUCACCGAAGAUUGAACAUUUUGGAUGCUUGGUAGAUCUUCUGAGCCGUGCGGGUAGACUUGAAGACGCAUUCAAAGCUGUGAAAACGAUGCAAAUGGAGCCCGAUGAUGUCAUCUGGAGAGCGCUUUUAAGUGCUUGUAGAAUACAUGGAAAUGUAGGUCUUGCGGAGAGAGUUAUAGAACAUGUUAAGAAGACAGGUGGCGGAGGGCGUUUGCUGCUUUCGAAUUUGCACGCGUCUUUUGGGCAAUGGGACAAUGUAAGACGAAUAAGGGAAUCGAAGAUUCACAAAGAGGAUGAUUCGACUCCGGGUUGUAGUUAUAUUGAAAUAGACGGUGUUGUUCAUGAGUUUCUUGCGGCGGAUAAGCUGCAUCCGCGGAUUAGAGAGAUAACUCGGAAGUUAAAUGAGGUUAUGAAGAGAAUAAGCUUAGAUGGAGAUGAUAUGAGAACUCUAUGAAAACAUUAUUUAAACAAAAGUGCAUGUAAAUCGGAUAUCGGUCAAGGACCGAUAUUUGAGAUAUCGAUAAUCACAGUGGGAUAUCGGUAAUUUAAUAUCAGUAU